UUUUAAUUUGGCUUUCCGUCGUUGCGGGUAUAAGUGUUUACACGUGUUUCGGAUAUCAUUAUUUAGUAUUUUCUAUUUUUUCUCGUAGUUUAAUGAAUAUAAGUUGACUUAUCCUAUUGGUGGUGGUUAAUUAAUAACAUCAACUAAUUACGUAAGUUAUUUUUAUUUAUUUGUUAUAUUUCUCCCUUUACUUUGUUAUAUUUUUGGUAGUCUAUAAUGGAGAAACGCCCUCCAGACCCCCCUGAUCCUCCGGAUAGGGUCUCUUCUCCGGUGGAAUCAAUGGAUUUAUCCACCCCACCGCUUCCCCAACCUGGUGUCAAGCGCAGACUCGAUACUGUCCAUGAAAGUUUAGUGGAACCUUCCAAAAAACCAAUGACUGAUGUCCGGUCAUCUGCUGAUGACGUCAACCCAGGAUUUUACUCCCAUCCAUCACUCACUGGCUCUCCCAAGUCAUACCUUGUCAAUGACAAGGGCCCUUUUUUAGUCCAUGUUUCUUGCCCUGAAUCUGACCCAUCCGCUGGUACAUCAAUCCGCCCAAUUAAAUUUGGUCAUUUCUUGGUUAAAAAUAAAAUAUCCAACAUUGUUCGAGAUGGUGUUAAGAGAGUGGGACGUAAUAGAAUAUCUGUUGAGUUUAAGUCGGGCUUAGAUGCUAAUAAUUUUGUGUCUAAUCCCAUUGUACCUUCCAGCAACUAUUCUGUUACGAUUCCUAAUUAUAAUGUUUCCCGUAUGGGCCUUGUGAGAGGUGUCCCAGCUGAUUGGUCGAUGCAGGAAUUUGUCGAAACUUUGGAAGUUCCCGAAGGUACUGGUAUAGUCCUCAAGGCCAGACGCCUUAACCGCAAGACAAACUCCGAUGGUCAAAUUAAUUGGAUACCAACGCAAACUGUGGUUCUAACCUUUCAAGGUCAAUCCCUUCCUGAGAGAAUAUUCUCUUGUCAUAGUUCCCUCCGCGUUGAAACGUACCAACUCCCUACAAUUCAGUGCCUUAACUGUUGUAGAUUUGGUCACGUAAAGUCACAAUGCCGAUCGAAGCCUAGGUGUUUUCGAUGUAGUCUAGCCCAUUCUGGUGAUGAGUGUAAUAUCCCUGAAACAGAGUCAUUAUGUUUAUUUUGUACUGCCUCACACUUUGCGACCAACAAAGCUUGCCCUGAACAUAAUCGUCAAAAAAAUAUAAAGAGUUGUAUGUCUCAAGAGAACAUUUCUUAUAUCGAAGCAUCGGCUCGGUUUAGACCUAUCAGUGGCAAAACUUUUGCAGAUUCUGUUAAAACAACCCCCUCCUCUUUAUCCCAGCCCAUUACUUUACCUUCCCAAGAUUCCCUUCAGACUACAUCUUACAGGAAAACUAUAUUUCUCCCUCCUCGCUCUAGACCUACAUCAGGAAAAUCCUUUGAUAAGGCGGCCCAUGAGGCCAUUACUUCCAAUUUUCCCUCCUCUUUACCCAAUGGUUGUGCCGUAAGCUCCCCUUCCCUUACAAACAAUGAAGUAUCCCCAAAUGAAAAUCUUCUCGACUGCUUAUGGGCAGUCAUUUGUAACAUGCUAUCCAAGUAUGAUGACAUCCCCAUACCGUCCCACGUUGCCCAAAAAAUUAAUUUGCUCCACUCAUUCGUCACCAAAAAUGGCGAAUUUAGUAAUUCAGUGGAACUGUAACAGUGUUCGCAGUAAAAAAUCAGAAUUAACCUUUCUUAUCAAUAAAUUCGCUCCAUCUAUUCUAGCCAUUUCGGAGACUUGGUUAUUGCCGGGUUCCCGCUUUAGGGUUUCUGGGUAUCGAUGUCUCCGAGAUGACAGGGAUGAUGGCUAUGCUGGCUGUGCCUUUUUGGUCAGCCGAUCCCUCACCUUCCACUCAUUAUCUCUUCCUCAUUGUGAUGGUAUUAAUGCUGUUGCUAUGAGAGCUUUUAAUAUCUCGUUUAUUUCUGUUUAUAUUCCCCACCCCCACAUCGACCUCAUUUCUGAUAUACGUUCUAUUAUCCUUUCGGUUCCUCCUCCUGUUGUCAUGUUGGGUGAUUUCAAUGCCCACCAUGUUUCUUGGGGUUGUCAUUCCUCAGAUUCUUUUGGGUCCCUUCUACUAGAUUUACUCGAUGAUAUAAACAUAAGUGUCUUGAAUAAUGGUUGUCCUACGAGAAGGAGUCUUCCAUCUCAGAAUCCCGCUAACGCAGUGGAUUUAUCACUUUGCUCUCCUGAUCUUUUCCCUUUUCUAUCCUGGCGUGUUUUUAAGAGCACUUGUGGGAGUGACCACUUCCCCAUUUUAAUUGAUCUCCCAACCAAUUUAAGGAACGUUACUCGCCCUUCCCCUCUUUUAAAAUUUAAACUGAAUCAGGCCAAUUGGUCAGACUUUUCAUCUUCUAUUGACUCUAAGAUAGCUGCGCUCCCCGUAGUCUCUGCUGAAAACUGCUUAUCUUCAUACAAUGAUUUUGUCAACUCCCUCACCUCAUCUGCCAGUUUACAUAUUCCACUCAAAUCUUCUACACAAAGGAAAAUUUCCCCUCCUUGGUGGGAUUCCGAAUGUACUGAGAUGAUUCGAAAAAGAAAAACGGCAGAAAGGUCAUACAGUCUUUGCAUGACCUUGGAAAAUUUUUUAGUCUACCAACAAGCUUCUGCAGCUGCUCGCAGACUACUUAAUAAUAAGAAACGUCUUGGUUGGCAUAAGUUCUGUGAGAGCAUGUGCCCUGGUACCCCUUCGUCUGUUGUUUGGAGGCAGAUCAGAAGAUUCCGUUGUUCCCUCAAUUCUUAUGAUGUCCCUUUUAAUGAUCCGUCUAGCUGGAUUACCUCCUUUGCCGACAAAUUGGCUCCUCCAUCUGUCCCUUUUUAUGAUUGUCUUCCUUAUAAGUAUAAUUCUUACAUCCCCUCUUCAAACAGUCUAGAUUGUCAAUUCUCCUUGGAAGAACUUAACAAAGCAUUAAAUGGUCUCUCUGACUCUUCCCCUGGAGAAGAUGGAAUCCCUUAUUCAUUCCUCAUAAAUUCUUCAUUAGGCACUAAGAGGUACUUUCUUGAUUUAGUAAACUGUUUUUUCGAUCUUGGAAUUAUUCCUGAAUCGUGGAACAGACAAAUCGUCAUUCCGCUUCUAAAACCUGGCAAAGAUCCAUCAGAUUUCUCUUCAUACAGACCUAUUGCUUUGUCUUCUACCCUUUUAAAAAUUAUGGAACAUUUGAUUAAAUUUCGUUUAGAAUGGUUUUGUGAAAGUAACAAUAUCUUUGCAAAAUCCCAGUUUGGUUUCAGGAAAGGCUUAAGUACGAUGGAUAGCCUAAGUAUAAUAACGACCGACAUUCGCAUUGCUUUUAAAAAGAAACAGUUCCUGGUGGGUGUUUUCUUGGAUAUCGCAUCUGCGUAUGACCACGUGCUGGUUCCGGUGCUCAGGCAAAAAAUGCUUCAGCUGAGUAUUCCUGAGAAGUUGAUAAAAUUAAAUCUAUCAAAAUUAUCAAAUCUAUCCUCACUGUGUGAAGACUUAGAACGUGACAUUGGCGGAAUUGUGAUUUACACAGAUGUCGCCAUUAUAAAUAAAGUGAAGUGAAGUA